AUGCCUACGAUAAAUAUUAAUCGUGAUAGAUUAUUUGAAAAUUUAGGAAAAAAAUUCACUGAUAAUGAAUUUGCAGAAUUAUGUUUUGAUUUCGGGUUGGAAUUGGAUGAAAUUACUACCGAAAAACAAAUGAUUUUAAGGGAACAAGGUUCCGACCAGCAUGCUCAAAACGCUUCCGAAGAAGUUAUAUAUCGUAUUGAUAUUCCAGCCAAUCGAUAUGAUUUACUUUGUUUAGAAGGUUUAGUGAGAGGACUAUUAAUAUUUCAGGGCAAAUUAAAGCCACCAAUAUUUCAACCUUCUGAAAAUAUCAAUGAAAAGAUCACGGUGAUGCCUAAUACCAAAUUAAUCAGACCUUAUAUUGUAUCUGCCAUAUUAAGAAAUGUUACAUUUAAUAACGAUAUUUACAACAGUUUCAUCGACUUACAAGAUAAACUACAUCAUAAUAUCUGUAGAAAAAGAAGUUUGGUUGCUAUAGGUACUCACGAUUUAGACACAAUUAAAGGGCCCUUUAUUUAUGAUGCAAAACCUCCGAGCGAAAUCACUUUUGUACCUUUAAAUCAAAAUAAAAAGUAUUCUGGUCUUGAAAUCAUGGAUUUAUAUGCUAAUCAUGCGCAAUUAAAGCAGUAUUUACCUAUAAUUAAAAACAGUUCAGUUUAUCCUGUUAUAUUAGACAGCAAUGGUGUUGUACUUUCAUUGCCUCCGAUAAUAAAUGGAGAUCAUAGUAAAAUAACAUUGAAAACGAAGAAUAUUUUCAUUGAAGCUACGGCAACAGAUUUGAAAAAAGCAGAAGUUGUAAUAGAUACAAUCGUAUCCAUGUUUAGUCAAUAUUCAUCGAAUCAAUUUUCCUACGAAAGAGUUGCUAUCGAAUAUCCAGAUGGGAAAAAGGAUAUCCAACCGAAAAUGGAAGUUAAAAAAAUGAAUGUCAAUUUAAACAAGGCAAAUUUAAUUACCGGAAUACAAGAAAGUCAAGACACUUUAAUUAAAUUGCUGUUGAAAAUGGGUUUGACUACGGCGACCAAUAAAAAAAAAAAUUCACCCAAAAUGUUGGUAUCCGUUCCUCCUACCCGCCAUGAUAUUUUACACGAAAUCGAUAUAAUCGAAGAUGUAGCCAUUGCAUUCGGUUACAACAAGAUAAAAAAAACAUUUCCUAAAACUGCUACUGUUGCACAAGAAUAUUCUUUGAACAAAUUAACAGAUCAUUUGAGAGAAGAAAUAAGCAGAUCGGGUUUUACAGAAGCACUCACAUUUUCAUUGUGUUCCACAGAUGAUAUUUCGACUAAGCUUGGGAAAAAAAUAAAUGAUAUUCCAGCAGUUCACGUCUCAAAUCCUAAAGCACUUGAAUUUCAAGUAUGCAGAACAGAACUAUUACCUUGCAUUUUAAAAACGAUUGCUUCAAAUAAACAAUUGCCACUUCCGAUAAAAAUUUUUGAAGUCUCAGAUGUAGUCAUGGCGAGUAAAAAUGAAGAAGUUGGAGCGAAGAAUGAAAGACAUUUAUGUGCAGUUUAUUGUAAUAAAACAUCUGGAUUUGAAAUAAUUCAUGGUCUUCUCGAUAGAUUAAUGAUAGCUCUUGCCAUUAAGCACGACAUUGAGAAAUCAAAUUUUGGUUAUUAUUUAGAAGCUCACAGCGGUGUGCUCAAAUUUUUGUUAAUGGAAAUGUUAUUGGUAAAAUGGGCAUACUGCAUCCUUCAGUUACAAAGGAAUUUGAUAUAA